AGAGUGACGUCAGAGGCGAGGAAAGAGGCGGAGCCGUAGAGACUUGGCUUCGGGCCCUUCUAGCUUGGGGGUCCCGGGAAGGAGCUGGGAGGACCUAGGCGGCCGUUCCGCGGAUCCCGGCCGAGGAGGUCCCUAUGUUAACUACUUGAGACAAAAAUAAAUAUGGCCUUCUACAGUUAUAAUUCAGUUUUGGCUAUUGCUCGAACAAGAUUCCCAUUUAAAUAAGACAUGUAUGAAGAACUAUGAGAGCAAGAAGUACUCGGAUCCUAGUCAGCCAGGCAAUACAGUACUUCACCCAGGAACUAGACUAAUACAAAAGCUACACACAUCCACUUGCUGGCUGCAAGAAGUUCCUGGCAAACCUCAGCUGGAGCAAGCCACAAAACAUCCACAGGUGACAAGCCCUCAGGCCACAAAAGAAACUGGCACGAAGAUUAAAGAAGGCAAACAAUCUUAUAGACAAAAAAUCAUGGAUGAACUAAAAUAUUAUUACAAUGGAUUCUACUUACUUUGGAUUGACGCCAAAGUUGCUGCCAGAAUGGUUUGGAGGCUGUUGCAUGGACAGGUCCUGACCAGACGAGAGAGACGAAGGCUGUUGAGAACUUGUGUUGAUUUCUUCCGCCUGGUUCCAUUUAUGGUGUUCAUAAUUGUACCCUUCAUGGAAUUCUUAUUACCAGUGUUUCUGAAACUCUUCCCAGAGAUGUUGCCAUCAACUUUUGAAAGUGAAUCCAAAAAGGAAGAAAAACAGAAAAAGAAAAUGGCUGUAAAGUUGGAACUAGCAAAAUUUCUUCAAGAAACCAUGACAGAAAUGGCAAGGAGGAACAGAGCCAAGAUGGGCGAUGCCUCUACACAGCUCUCAUCCUACGUUAAGCAGGUCCAGACAGGCCACAAGCCCAGCACAAAGGAGAUAGUUCGCUUCUCCAAACUAUUUGAGGACCAGCUGGCCCUGGAACACUUAGAUCGCCCUCAGCUGGUUGCCCUUUGCAAACUGCUGGAAUUGCAGACGUUUGGAACCAACAACCUGCUCCGCUUUCAGCUCCUGAUGAAACUAAAGUCUAUAAAAGCAGAUGAUGAAAUAAUUGCCAAGGAAGGGGUGAGAGCAUUGAGUGUAUCAGAACUACAGGCUGCCUGUAGGGCCCGAGGGAUGAGAUCACUGGGUCUCACCGAGGAACAACUGCGACAACAGCUCACGGAGUGGCAGGACCUCCACCUGAAGGAGAACGUCCCUCCUUCCCUUUUGCUCCUGUCCCGCACCUUCUACCUGAUAGAUGUGAAGCCCAAGCCGAUUGAGAUACCACUCAGUGGGGAAGCUCCAAAGACUGAUAUUCUUAUGGAAUUACCUACUUUCACUGAAUCUAAAGAGAAUGUGGUGGAUCUUGCACCUCAACUGAAGGGAACUAAGGAUGAAGACUUUAUACAGCCACCACCGGUUACAUCAUCACCCGAAACACGAUCAACACCUAUUUCAUUACCUAAAGGAUCCAUCACUUCUUCUAAAGAAGCUACACUCCAGGCCAAAUCACAAGUGACGGCCCAGAACAGCAAGGCUAGUUCAAAAGGAGCAUAAGGACUACUUGAGGAUGAAGCUCACUCUCUUCAGCUUCCGGCCCUCAACAGUGGCAUCUGUAAAGGACCUCCCAGAUCAGACUGUCUGGCUUCAGAGUGGAUCAGCCGUUUAGCCCGUGGGGCAGUCCUUUGAGGCCUGGUAACCAUUCCAGGUGAUGUGGGUAGUGAGACCAAGUUCAGACCACUUAAAAAAUAUAAUUGCAAAGUCCCAUUUCCUCUGUACCAUUGUCACUCCACUCAACUUUGUGUAAAGCCCACCCCCCAUCAUGUUGUUUUUUUAGUUUGUGUACGUCCCUUAAGAGAGGAAAUUUUUUGCACAGUGGAGUCAGCUUGGCACCUUAGAUACCUCUGUCUCCUAUGGCUUGGAAUUCUGAGUAAGAACUUGGAAGUUCCAAAAACCAUUUUAGGAGCACCUGAUUAACUUUCUGAAUGAUCCACCAGUAGGAUCAGCACUCUGGAAACAAAGUACCUUAUGAGAUGGGAUGGAUAUACUCCCCAGUAAGAUCUUUCUGGAUAUAAUGAAGCUUCUUGGAGAAACAGACUGGCAAUCAGAAAGAUUUGGCUGCUUCUGACAUCCCCCUCUUGGGCCUGCAGAGGCUGCAGCAAUCUGUGAGGCAGCCGCAAUCUGUGAGGCAGCCACUCUUCUAGCACAUAUGGCUUUUAUUAGCCACCAUUUUGCUAGGAAGCAUAAUUAAGGGUUUAAGCCUUAACCAUUUGUUUGUCUUGGGUGUGUGUGUUUCUGGCCAGUUUGUCUUUCACAAAUAAGACUAUUAGUCAUAGGGGUUGUGAAGGUCUGAUAUAAUCCCUGUGCUACCCAGCAACAAGUAUUACAUUAGGCUAUUUAUGUUUGGUGUUUUCAGUAUUAAUAAUACUGAAAUAAUAGAUAAACUGCCAUCCAGCUGACUAAGGGCUUUCUUCCCCUGGGGAGUGGUUAGAAGGCCAAAGGUAUUUCAGCCUGUAGGUGAUAAAAUUAGAUUUCUUUACUUGCUGUGGUUAGACAGCAGUCAGUUAAAACAAGUAAAACUCAACUGUCCUGUCUGGGAUCACCUAAAUGAGGAAUGUCACCAGCACUUCACGGCAAGAAUAUGCAUUCUACAGUGCUUUCUAAACUUCUGCUCCAUCAGAGAAGCCCCACCAUGUCCCACUGAUGAAGCCCAGUUCUUUGGGAAUGAUGAAUCCCUACUGUGCACACACAGCAGUCAUGGAUCCUGCCUAUCGAGGUGAUUCACAAUACAUUUUCCCAUUUC